CUUCGUUCCGACCAAAUCACUUAACAGAUCAACGAACCCUAAUCCAAUUGGAAAAAGUCCCCGACUAACUCUAUAGAAAUCACCAAAAGUGGAACUUUCUCUUCCGAUCAGCUCGAAAUUACCCUCCGGCGCUAUUUCAACGUUGAUCUCCAUUCAUUCUUCUGCGGACGAAACCUCGAGGCGGUGGGUAAACUGGAACGAGCGCAAUUUAGCUGGAGGACGUAAAUUAUGGAUGGCAAUAAUUGGAGGCCUGCUGCUCCUGGGGCGGAAGCUCCUGUGGAUGGAGGUGACUGGAGAGCUACAUUGCAGGUGGAGUCACGGCAAAGAAUCGUGAACAAGAUAAUGGAGACAUUGAAGAGGCAUCUACCUUUUUCUGGUCAAGAGGGGAUGCAAGAACUGAAGCAAAUAGCUGUACGAUUUGAGGAAAAGAUUUAUACUGCUGCAACUAGUCAGUCUGAUUAUUUGCGAAAGAUAUCUUUGAAGAUGCUCACCAUGGAGAACAAAUCACAGAAUUCUAUACCCAAUUCUUUGCCGCCAAACUCAGCUGGCACUGGCAAUAAGCCCCCUGAUCCAGGAGCAUCCCCUAGUUUGCUGCCCCAAGUGCACAACCAAGGGCAAUCACUUCCCAUUCCGUUGCCAGGUAAUCAAGCUCAAGGACGCCAACAGCUGUUACCUCAGAACAUGCAGAACAGUAUGACUUCUACUGGAGUUCAAAGUUCUGCUGUUUUACCAUCCUCAUUGCCUCCUGUUUCUGGUAUAAACCAGGCUCCAAUCAAUGUUGUUGGCCAGAAUGGUAGCAUGCAGAACAUGUCUAACGUUGCACAAAACCCAGUUGGUACUUCAAUGGGGCAGGGGGUUUCCUCGAACAUGUUUGGUAAUCCUCAAAGACAGAUGCCUGGGAGGCAACAAGUUAUGGGCCAGCAGCAACCACAGCAGUCACAGAAUUCUCAGCAGUAUCUUUAUCAGCAGCCCUUCCAACAUCAGAUGCUUAAGAGAAAUCAAGCACAUUCGCUGGUACAAUCACAACAUCCGCAACAACUGCCUCAGCAAAAUGUUAUGCAGCCGACUCAGCAAUCUGGCAUGCAAACUUCAUCAGUUAUGCAGCCUUCAGUCAUGCAAUCGGCUCCUAUGUCUAAUCUUCCACACAAUCAGCUAUCUACCGUCCAACAGUCAGGACAAUCUAUCCUUCAACAGCACCAACAAUCUGGCAUCAGGCAGCAACAAUUGCAACAACAGGGUGUUGGUAUUCAUCAACAGCAGCCGCAAAUGAUGCAGCAGCAGUUGCUAUCCACAGCACAGCAGCCGCAGCUAUUGCCUACCCAGCAGCAGCAGCAACUACAACAGCAGCAGCAGCAGCCAAUGCAAUCUCAGCAACAGAUGGUGGGACAACAGUCCAAUGCUGUAACCAUGCAGCAGAAUCAGUUUGUCGGGCAACAAAAUAAUAUUGGGGACAUGCAGCAGCAGCAGCAGCAGAGAUUGCUCAGCCAACAGACUAACCAUCAAAGUCAGCAGCACUCUCAGCAGCAGCAGUUGAUGACUCAGCAGAAUAACCUUUCUGGUAUGCACCAGCAACAGUUGGGUACUCAGAGUAAUUUCUCUGGUCUACAGCAGUCAACACAGCAGCAACAGCUGCUUGGAGCUCAGUCGGGUAACUCAAGUAUGCAGAACAAUCAGCAUGCUGUAAAUAUGCUACAGCAGCAGCCUAAGGUUGCUCUACCGCAACAAACACAACAAACUUCUAAUGUAUUACCAACACAAGGCCAGCAGACACAAUCACUGGCACCACAGCAGCAGCAGCAGCUUGGUCUGCAACCACAGCAAGGGCAGUUGCAGCAGCAGCAGCAGCAGCAGCUUGGUCUGCAACAACAGUCUAAUCCUCUGCAAAGGGAAAUCCAGCAAAGGAUGCAAGCCUCUGGGCAGGCAACAGGCUCUUUGGUGCAACCACAAAAUGUGAUUGAUCAGCAGAAGCAGUUAUUUCAAUCACAAAGAAUCAAAACCAUGAAGGAGAUGUACUUACCUGAGUUAAAUGAAAUGUACCAGAAAAUUGCAGCAAAGCUGCAGCAGCAUGAUUCUCUUCCACAGCAACCCAAGACAGACCAGCUUGAAAAGUUAAAGAUGUUUAAGACCAUGCUGGAGCGCAUGAUAUCUUUCUUACAAGUAUCAAAAAACAACGUCCAGAUCAGUUUCAAGGAGAAGCUUAGUUCCUACGAGAGACAGAUAAUAACUUUUCUGAACACGAAUAGGCCCAGGAAGCCUAUGCCUCCAAUGCAGCAAGGGCAACUUCCAUCUUCUCACAUGCAAUCGUUACAACAACCUUCGUCCCAAAUCACCCAAGCACAGUCCCAUGAAAAUCAAAUGAACCCCAUGACCUUGCAAGGUUCUGUAUCAGCAAUGCAGCAGACCAAUAAUAUGUCAAGCAUGCAGCAUAGUUUAUCUGGUGUUUCUUCGCCGCAGCAAAACAUGAUGAACUCAAUGCAGGCAGGUUCUAAUCUCGAUUCUGGACAGGGAAAUGCUAUGGCCUCACCUCAGCAGGGUGCUAUGGGGUCUCUACAACAAAACCCUAGUUCUUCCCAGCAGGCAAGUCUCAGCUCCAUGUCUUCACAAAGUGGAUUAACUAUGUUGCAGCCAAGCCUUCCUCUUCAGUCAAAUUCCAACAAUAUGCUUCAACACCAGCAUCUGAAGCAGCAGCAGCCGCAUGAUCAACAGAUAUUACAGUCCCAGCAGUUUAAACAACAUCAACAGCGUCAGAUGCAGCAACAAUUAUUGCAGAAGCAGCAUAUGCUUCAACAGCAGCAGCAGCAUCAACAACAGCUGCAACAACAACACCAUCAGCAACAACAGCAGCAGCAGCAGCAACUGAAUCAGCAAGUAAAGCAGCAGCAACAAAUGCCACAGCUGCAUCAGAUCAAUGAUGUAACUGAUGCGAAAAUUAGACAAGGUUUGGGAGUUAAAGCAGGUGUCUUUCAGCAACAUCUCUCGUCCAGUCAGCGUGGUGGUUACCCUCAGCAGAUGAAGUCUGGCGCCUCUUUUCCUAUCUCUUCGCCUCAACUGCUUCAAACUCCUUCACCACAGUUGGCACAACAUUCUUCUCCACAAGUUGACCAGCAGAACCUAUUGUCAUCGCUUCCAGGAACUGGAACCCCUCUACAGUCUGCAAAUUCACCUUUUGUUGUUCCAUCACCUUCUACUCCUUUGGCUCCAUCUCCUAUGCCUGGAGAUGCCGAGAAACCAGGAAUUUCUUCCCUUUCUAAUGCUGGUAAUGUUGGCCACCAACACCCAUCAUCUCUUGCGAUUGGCACGCCUGGGAUCUCUGCUUCACCGUUGCUUGCGGAGUUCUCGGUUCCCGAUGUGGCUCAUGGCAAUGCUUUGACAACUGUCUCAGGAAAGCCAAUUGUUUCAGAGCAGCCACUUGACCGAUUAAUUAAAGCGGUGAAGUCUAUUUCUCCCACGGCAUUGAAUGCCGCUGUGAGCGACAUUGGCUCGGUCGUCAGUAUGAUUGAUAGAAUUGCGGGAUCGGCCCCAGGUAAUGGAUCUAGAGCAGCAGUAGGCGAGGAUUUAGUGGCAAUGACUAAAUGCCGUCUUCAAGCGAGAAAUUUCAUCACUCAAGAUGGAAUUAGCGGGACGAGGAAAAUGAGGAGAUACACGAGUGCCAUGCCUUUGAAUGUCGUAUCGUCUGCUGGCGGUGCAAGCGACAGCAAGCAGUUGAGCGGACCAGAGACAUCUGAUCUCGAGUCGACUGCAACAUCUGGUGUCAAGAGGCCUAGGUUGGAGGCAAACCAUGCGCUCUUGGAAGAGAUAAGGGACAUAAAUCAGGGACUUAUUGACACCGUGGUUGAUAUCAGCGAUGAAGAUGUCAAACCAACUGCAGUAACUGCUGCUGCUGCUGAAGGCGGCGGGGAAGGAACUUUAGUAAAGUGCUCAUAUAGUGCAGUAGCCCUUAGCCCCAGCUUGAAAUCGCAGUACGACUCAGCUCAAAUGUCGCCAAUUCAGCCACUGAGAUUGCUCGUGCCUAUGCACUAUCCAAAUUGUUCCCCGAUUCUACUGGACAAGUUCCCUGUUGAAGUCAGCAAGGAGUACGAGGAUCUAUCGGCGAAGGCCAAGUCGAGGUUCAGCAUAUCUCUUCGUGGCCUCUCGCAACCCAUGUCUCUCGGGGAGAUUGCGAGGACUUGGGAUGUAUGUACCAGGGCAGUGAUAUCGGAGCAUGCCCAGCAGAGCGGCGGAGGUAGCUUCAGUUCCAAGUAUGGCACCUGGGAGAACUGCUUGAGCGCUGCGUGAUUCUUGGGAGAACGAAAAACAAAGUGUAAAUAAUAUGCUCGCAUGAAGGACGGGGCUCUCGCUGUGUGCACAAAAUGAUUUGAUCGAAACUUUGUAGCAAUGAUCGAGUAGAAGAAUUGCAUUAUUUGGCCUAUUAAGUUAUCCUCAUUUGUAGCUAUAAAAGAAUGUAGAAACAAUUCUACAUAUGUAUAUCGUAAUUCCCUAAUUUAUCAGUCGGUUUCUUUAGGCCGAGGUUUUAUCUGUACCCACUAAAAAGUCAUUCCUGUUGCUACCACCAUGAGUCCAUGAGCCCCUUGCACUCAGUGGCGGAUACAUGGUG